AUGGAGGCCGGUGCGAAGGCAACCGAGGCGGCGGAAGAAGAGGAGAAGGACGAAAUGACGGCGAGCAUUUGGCCGGGAAGCGAGGAGAGCGAGAAUUAUUGUGGCAAAGGAGGAGAAACCGAAGCGUACGGCCGGUGGGUUUUCGUUAACCUGAAGCUUCCAUUCGCCAAGAAGCCGGCGGCGGCGAAGGAUAUGGAGGCCGGUGCGAAGGCAGCCGAGGCGGCCGAGGAGGAGGAGAAGGACGAAAUGACGGCCGAGGCGACGAACAAACCGAGCAGUGACGGGGGCGGUGACGCGCCCGGAGAGAACACCAAAAAGGACGAGACGGACGGCAGCCAGGCACCGAAGAAGGGUCUGCUGGAUAAGCUGCUGGUCCCACUGGCCAGUAUCAUCCCGAAGUGGUUCAAGCCGGUAGCGAGCGGCGAGCCGGAUGAUGACAUCGAACUGGAGAAAACGCUGAAGGACACCGAAACGAAGGAUGGAGUCGAUGACAUCCAAAAAGCACACGGCACGGCGCAUCCGUCUCUUUCACACCGGCGCAGAGACGUCCGAAACGGUCAGGCCAAAA